AUGCCUGCACGAACGGGAGCAGAAUAUAUUGCCGGGAUCAGGGAACGUUCGGCGGAAGUUUAUAUCAGCGGUGAACGGGUGAAGGAUGUAACGGCCCACCCUGCCUUUGCCGGCGGCUUGCACACCGUAGCCAGCUUGCUGGACAUGCAACACGAUCCAGCGCUGCGCGAUGAUAUGACCUACACGUCGCCCACAACCGGAGAUCCGGUCGGCUUGUCGUUCAUCAUGCCGCGCAACGCCGAUGAUCUGAAACGCCGCCGCAAGAUGAUCACCAAUUGGGCGAAAGGCUCCUGCGGCAUGAUGGGUCGCACACCCGAUUUUCUCAACGUGGCAGUGAUGUCGAUGGCCGCUGGCGCCGACUUCUGCGCUCGGAACCGUCCGGAGUUCGGGCAGAACAUCCUGAACUAUUACGAGUUCAUCCGGGAAAACGACAUCGUGAUGACACAUACUCUGGUGAACCUGCAACGGAGCCGGUCGGUGGGCAACACUCCGUUCGACGACCGCACCGACGUGGCCCUAUCGGUGGUUGAUGAGAACCAGGAUGGCAUCGUGGUGCGCGGGGCGCGGGUGCUGGCAACCCUGGGGCCGCUGUCCGAUGAGAUUGCGGUGUAUCCGGCGCGGACCCGGCGAGUGCCAGUUGGCGAGGAAGGCAAGUACGCCUUCGGGUUUGCCAUUCCGUGCAACAUGGAUGGCCUGAAGUUCCAGUGCCGCGACACCUUCGACACCGGCCGUUCGCAUUUCGAUCAUCCCGCCAGCAGCAGGUUCGAGGAGAUGGACGCAAUCGUAUUUUUCGACGAUGUGCUGGUGCCCUGGGAGCGCGUGUUCCUGUACAACGACGUCGCGUUGUGCAACCAGUGGGGCGAGCGCACCAAUCGCAACGCUCACACCGGCCACCAAGUGGUUACCAAAAACGUAGUGAAGGCGCUGCUGGCGGCAUCAGAGGCGCAGGCGUCCACCGACGAGUGGGGGAUAUUCUGUCCCGACUACCGACCGUUGCUGGUGGCUCGCAAACAGAUGAUUACCAUGUACCCACGGAUGGCAGAGAUACUUCACCUGCUGGGCUCCAGCAGCCUGAUGGCGCUACCUGCCGAGGCCGACCUGAGCGGGCCGCUGGCCGAUGAAAUCGAACGGUAUAUGGACACGGAUACGGCGACGGCAGAGGAACGCAUCCGUUUAUUCCGCCUGGCUUGGGAUGUGUCCUGCAGUGCGUUCGGCGGUCGGCAAACCCUGUACGAACGAUAUUUCGGCGGAGACUCGGCCCGCAACGCUGCACUCCUGUAUCAGAUAUACGAUCGCGAUCCCGCCCGUAAGCUGGUCCAGGAAUUUUUGAGCUGGGAGUGA